UCUACACCACUACCAGAAUUGCGUGCUCAAGCUGAUACGUCAGUGAACAGAUGGAAUAAUAAUUGAAUUCGAAUACGCCGAUAGAUAAUUGCCAUAACUGUCACUGGCAUUCAUGUAUGUCAUUUUGCUGAAGAAACAUUAAUCCAUUCCAUACGUUACAUUGGACUGUAUCUGACCAAAUAUAUGUAUACAAAUUUAAUUACUAUAGUGGCGGCUUACAACAAUGUACCAAUAUUUGGAAAUUAUUAUUUCCAAAAGCAUUUACUGACAUUACAAAAAACAAAGACGCGAAUAUUUUACUAGGAAAAUGAAAUCUUCACCUGUCCAACACGCAGCCGAGUAGCUGUCAAAGUAGCAGACGACGACUUUGCCCGUAGCGCCGUCCGUUUGUCCGUCUGUAGUAGCCUGAUCACGAAAAUCUUUGACUAAAGGGGUUUUCAUAUUGAAACCAAUACAACAUGCUGUGCUAGUCUUAUUUCCGCCCAUUUCCGUGGAUCGAAAGUUCUGGGAAAAGAAAAAUGAACAGUCUAGCGUUCAGUUUGGCUGAAACGCUUAUUCCAUCAAUAUACGUGCAGCAAGGACUCAACGCCAAGAAGACUAGAGAAAAUCUAAUCAGGCACUUCAUAGAGCAUCGAAAAUGGCCAGAAGAGGGAUGGGAUGAUGCAACAAUAGAAGCAUUCUUCUCAGAUUUAUCGCAAAUGGAUAGCAAUAACUUUCCCUCAAACUGCAGCGUGGGGGAAAGAGAGGCAAGAAUUGUUUCCAACAUAGUAGCACGCAGACACUUCCGAAUGGGCCAUGGAAUUGGGAGAUCUGGCGACCUCGAAGAGGUGCAACCUAAGGCUGCGGGAAGUAGCUUGAUGUACAAACUGACAAAUGCCCUAGUCUUGGAUGUCAUUCGAUAUAUGGGGGUAAAAAGUAUAGCGGGCUGUUUUGUGUCCCCAAUGGCAACUGGUAUGAGUUUGGUACUGUGUAUGCUAACUCUGAAACAAGACAGACCUCGAGCAAAGUAUGUUUUGUGGCCAAGAAUCGAUCAAAAGUCCAGUUUUAAGUCAAUCGUGACCGCGGGGCUAGAACCGAUCGUUGUUGAGAUGCAAAUUGUCGGCGACGAGUUGAAAACGGACAUGGCGAGGCUCGAAGCUCAAAUGGCAGCUUUAGGUGAAAGUGUGGCCUGCGUUCUAACAACCACGAGUUGCUUUGCACCAAGAGCUUGCGACUCCAUUGAUCUAAUCGCCUCACUUUGUACGCAGUAUAAUAUCCCCCAUUUAGUGAACAAUGCGUAUGGAUUACAGAGCACGCGGUGCAUGCAUCUGAUACAAGAGGCGUCAAGAAAGGGCCGAGUGGAUGCCUUUGUUCAAAGCACGGAUAAAAACUUCCUAGUUCCAGUUGGUGGAGCUGUGAUUGGUUCGUUUGACAUAAACCUUUUGGAUAGAAUCUCUAAAAUGUAUCCCGGACGAGCAAAUUCGAGUUCAACAAUGGACGUCCUAAUAACUCUUUUGGGGCUUGGAAUGGCUGGGUAUAAACAGUUGAUAUCACAGCGUAAAGAAACAUAUUCAUACCUCAAAGAAGAGCUGGGAAAGCUAGCCUCGAGACACGGAGAGAGGCUCUUGGAUACAAAGGGAAAUCCUAUUUCCAUGGGAAUGACGCUGCAGUCCCUCAGCCAUCAGCAUGACAAUAAACAUAUUACAAUGCUCAGUUCAAUACUCUUCUUGAGAAAUGUUAGCGGUACCAGAGUUAUCACUACCACAGACUGCAAGCAUAUUGUUUCGCACAAAUUUGAAGGCUGGGGAGCGCACAACAGUAACUAUCCAGUACCGUAUUUAACAGCGGCAGCAGCUUUGGGUAUGAAGAGAUCUGAUGUGGAUUCUUUCGUACAACGUUUGGACAAGGCUCUUACAAAAGUCAGACGGCGUUCGGCACCUGCUACACCUACGGCUUCGCUAGCUGGCUCAAGUAUCAACGGAGAUACCGGAGGCGGCGGUGGUCCUGGAGAAUCAAGCACAACGUCCACCAGCAGAGCGAGCAGCAAAGAUAGUCUGAGAAAGUGAACCGUGAUCAACGCGACCGGUCAGUCAAACCAGCACAUUAACAUGUGAGUUAAAUGAUCGCUCAUGGUAAUCGAGGUGGGGUGUCUCUGAAAUAUUUUGAAUGCCAAUAGAAUAUUUUUGAAAUACUUGACUUCUGAAUGCGCUGGUUUGUCUGCCCGUUUGCGUUGAUGAAUCAUUCGUCAGACAUAUAUUUGCAGAAAGACGGUAGAGGAGAAUAAGAAAAAGAUCUGAAAUUACUCGUACCGAUAGGUAUUCGUCGAGGGUUAAUAAUCGAAAUCGGCGUUAGAUUAUUUCCCGGUCACUUUCAAUUUCUAAUUCCUUCCAAAUUUGUGUAAAGAACAUAGAACAUACUUUAGAGCGUGACCAUUUCCUAGUCGGUGAAUCUUUCACAAGCAAUAAUUGCUUCGAUUCGGUAUAAUGACAAUUAUUUAAUUAGGCAACGAGAUUUUAUUAAAACUGUAUAGCUACGUGAUUGAUUACGAAUUCGACGAAAAACGUGAAUUAAAAAGGAGGUUUUGAUUUGAAAAGGAAUCGAUGGAUCAAUCACAUUUUUAGUUCCAUACGAUCCUAGAAUACCAAACAGGUUUCCGGGCUCCGAUUAAUCUUUGAUCUCAAUAAUUCUCAAUUUAUCAAUUAUGCGAUAAUUAUUCUAAUAUACACACGAAUUUUCCUACUUUUUACAUAACGAGAAAAACGUAAAAAUACAAAGAAUUAUAAUCUCGCCACGUGCCUACUGGCGCACAUGAAAAUCGAAAGGUCUUUUAUCCAACCGAAUAAUGAAAUAAUACUAAUACGAAAAAUAUUAGCAACUAUUAGCUGAGGGGCUUUGAAAAUUUGGUGACUGAGAAUUGAUGCACAUCUUAUUACGUGGCAGCAAAAAUGUACUCCCCAUUUUCUAUUCCUCAAAUUUAAUUGUAGCGCCUAUUUAGAGCCUUUCAGCAUUAAAAGUUACUCACUAGAAAAAUUAAACUUGAAAUUUAGAUCCUAAUAAUAAUUAUUGUAACGCACUAUGAAUACGAACACACAAUUACGUUAUGUAAGAAGUAAAGUUAAUAGGCAGUAGCGUGCUACAGUUGGAAAAUAAAAAAAAAAAGCAAAAAUGUUACGUCCAAACACGAAAAGUGUUUGUUCUUUCUUCUUUGAUAAUAAUUGCAAGUUUCACUUUAUUAAACUCGUGCGUGGUACAGGUAAAGACUUAGGGGUAACUUUUAGUUCAUAAUGAUCUCGGUUUGUACUUCAGCUUUGACAAAGUUGUAAUUGAUUGAGAAUAGUCCAAUGAUAUGCGUCACAUAAUUAGAAAUUAGAAGAAAAAGUGUGAUUGAAAACAGUUUAACAAGCGCUCAUACUGGGGCAAAGAAAAAAUUUCAAUUUGAAAAUUAAUUCUCAUAGAAAAAAAAUCGUUUAUCUUCUGUCAAAGAUAAUGUUUCUAAAGAGCCGUUGAUGAGUUGUUUAUACCUAGUUAUUGAAUUUGUUAUUAACGAAGAAAAAAGAAGAGGAAAGUAUGAAAAAAAAUAUACAUAGUAUAUACUUAUAUAUAUAUAUAUUAUAUUAAAUAUUGUUAGAUAUCGAUACUAAUCAUGUUACUCAUUAGUGACAUUGGCUCUAAAUUUUAUUAAUAGAGAGUUUAAUUCUACUCGGAAAUCUGUGCAGCUUUGCGUAACUGAACUAUUAAACGUAUCAAAUUAUAUUGUUAUAAAUAUAACUUGCGUAGUUGUACGGUAGCUUAGAACUUUUCUUCAUGAAUUCGUUCGUUCUUACACCGAAUUUAAGACAAAUUUAGUUAUUUCUUCAUAUCAUCGAAGGACUUGUAGGUCAAUUAGGAUUUGCUCAUUGAAAUUAUUGAUAAUAUUUUAAAUAAGUUUCAGCGCUGAUGUUGACUUCUAAUCUCGCAUAUUACGUAUAGUGAUAAUACAUAUAUGUGUAUAAAUAUAUAUAUUAAUAAUAUGUAUAUAUAUAUACCUAUAUUACAUAUUUGUGUAGAUAUUAUAAAAAUAUUAUCCAUUAUUUAUUGAAUAGAUAGUGACUAUAAGGGGAGACUUUAUUACACACUCGGUGUCGUCGUAAUAAAUGUCAUCAGAUAUGAGACAUACCAUGACUAUGUAAAUAUUAAUAUUUCCUUCAAUUUAUUUAUUACAAACAAAGAAAAAGAAAUAAAUAAUAAGGUAGAAGUAAAUACUACAUUGUCUCCUACUGCGUCGUAUUGUAUUUACGCAAAAGGUACAACGAUUUUGAACGGACCUAAUUAUACUUUCCUUCUAAUCAUAUAAUCGUAAUCUUUCUUGCCAUAUAAAUAGAUCGUUCACACCUAUUACAUAGCCGGAAGUGAAAAAUAUUAAUCGCACGUAGCAGUAGUGUGAAAACUAGGAGCUUGAGAAUUAGCGCGAUUUUUUUCGGUAUAGUACAAGAAAUAAAGAGUAUUUUAACUAAGUGAAAUUUCAUGCUUUCAUUGAUUAGUUCAGAGAAUAUUAUAUUGGGUAAACGAUAAAACCGUCAUCGAUUUUUUUGCUGCUUAUCUCUGAUUAUAUUGAAGGAAAAAACGAAAAAAUAUAUAAACCUAUUCGUUUGAUACGCAAGAUGAUCUCUUUCCCCCACAAAUAGAAAUCGAAUUGAAAAAAUUCUACCCCCAAUGAACGCUGUUAUGAUGAAUAUUAUAUUUCUAUCAUGUGAUUACUUUGCAAUCGAUGUAAUAUUUCGUGUAACUCGGUAUGCGAAUAAUCGUAAUAUCAUUAUGUACGAAGAGGAAAAAAAUGUAUUCGUCGUACACGUCUAUUACUGGUACAGAUGAUAGCAUGAUAAAUCUAAUCCCGAUAUUGUAAAUACGUAUAAGUGUAAUAAUGUGCAUUGUUUCAACGACCUUUUUAAACAUUUAACGAGUAAGAGAAAUAAUACUAUAAAAUACGUACAGCGAUGUAAGAAUGUCCCUAUACUCUAUCUAAGAAAUGAAUAAAUUAUUAUGCGCAUAACGCAUGGCGGUAAGCACAUAAUGUAAAUUUAUACUAAUUAGUCAUUAAUAUCGAUGAAUUAUAAAUAAUAAUAAUAAUGUUGAUGAUGUUAUAAUGAUGAAGAUGACGAUGAUUAUGAUGAUGACGAUGAAACCGAUGAUGAUGAUAAUAAUAAUAAUAGUAAUAAUGAUAAUGAUACAAUACGUAUCAUCGUAAAUGCGAGAGAUACAAUAACUGUAUCGUUAAUUCAAAAUAAAAAAGAGAAAAAAUUAACAAGAAUGUACGAGCUCUUCCCGGAAUAUUAUAUUACCCGUGAUAUGAUAAUUGUGUAAAAUUUAGUGCUUUGUUUGUAACAUAACACAAAUAUCGGAUAAAUAAAUAUAGAUAAAAUGUUACGAA